AUGGCGCUCGCAGCCCUGGUGGCUGCUGCCAAUGCGUCACCUGUAUCCACGACUCUCAAGGCUCGCCAGGAUAUCUCAGCUCCGUAUCUCAAUUCUGAAGCUCAGGCCAAGGGGAAGCUUUGGUUCGGUACCGCAGUCGACACUACCAGUGCCGAGGUUGACAACAGCGAUUACAUGACUAUCUUCAACGACACCAACAUCUUCGGUCAGACCACACCGGGCAACACCAUGAAAUGGAUGUACACCGAGCCCGAGCAAAAUGUCUUUACCUUCGCCGAGGGCGAAGAAACCAUCGCUCUCGCGGAGGCGACAGGCAAGAAGGUCCGCUGCCACAAUCUCGUCUGGUCGGAGGAGCUGCCAAGCUGGGUGACGGAUGGAAGCUGGACAAACGAAACUCUGCUGGCAGCGAUGAAAACCCAUAUCACCAGAGAGAUCGAGUAUUACGGCGAGGGGUGUUAUUCCUGGGACGUCGUGAACGAGGCACUGGAUAGCAACGGCAGCUUUACCGAGAAUGUCUUCCUGGAGCAUAUCGGUGAAGCCUACGUCCCUCUCGCAUUCCAGUACGCCUAUGAAGCAGUAGAGUCGUUUUGCGGGGACAUCAAGCUCUUCUACAACGACUACAGCAUCGAAUACGCAGGAGAUAAGCACACCGCCGCGGUGGCGCUGGUCCAGACGAUCCAGAACUGGGACGGGGCCCAGAUCGAUGGCGUGGGCUUCGAGUCGCACUUCAGCACCUCCUUCGCGCCGACGCAGGCCGAGAUCGAGGCCGCCAUGGCCGACUUCACCGCGUUAGGCGUGGACGUGCAGAUCACCGAGCUUGAUGUGCCGUGCACGAGUGUGCCGUGCUCCGCCGACGCGCUCGCAACCCAGGCACAGGUCUACUACGAUGUCGUCGCGGCGUGCAUGGCGACCGACGACUGCACGGGGAUGACCGUUUGGGACUUUGACGACGAGUACAGCUGGAUCCAGCCUGCCGAGUACGACGGCGAGGGAGAUGGCGAUCUCUUCUAUUCCAAUCUGACUAGGCACCCCGCUUACACUGCUGUCUCGGAGGCAAUCGAGGGUUCUGAUUGCAGUGUUUGCUGA